GUAGUAUUUAUUUAUAACUCACACAAAAACCCAAGAACCAAGAUAUAUCUUUGAGUUGUGUGUUCAAGAAAAUAUACAUUAGACUGUCUUCUUCUUGUGAUCUUAGUUGAUGUCUAACAUUAUUAGUUUUAUAGUGAUUAUUUUCAUUUAAAAAUAAACAUUUUUUUUUUUUUCUACAACUUUUUAAUACUCUCAUAAAACAAUUUUUUCAUUAUGUAUUUAAUUUUUUAAAUGAUAAAUAAAUCAUCAAAAAAUAGUUAAAAAUAUAGACUAUAAAUAUUAAAUUAAUAUUUUAAAUUUUUAAUUAUAAAUUGUCAUUAUUUUACAUUGAACAAAAAAAAAAAGACAAAAUAAAUUUUAAAGUGAAUAAACAAUUAAAUAACAUUAGAAAAUUUUAAUUUCAUUUAACAUAAAUUAAUUAUGUUUAUAUUAAUUUAUUAUUUUUCAUUUGGAUAUUCUAUACAAACACAAUUUUAGUAAUGAAAUUUUUAUUAUAAAAAAAAAUAAAAACAAGUGUCUCAUUUUAGUGAUAGUUUUAGAUUUUUUUUUAAAUUUAAUUUUGAAUUUUUAAAUAUGGAUAGAAGUAUGUAUGGUAAAGUACAUCGUGGGGCUGUUUAUCAACCCUAUCGUAUUACUUCAAAAAAAGCUGAAGCACCUGGAUAUGCAUUAUUGGCUGAUUUACAAAAUACAGUAUCACCAGAAAAUAAUCAUCAUGUUACAAAUAAUCCAACACCUGGUUAUGGAUCAUUAAAUGGAGCAAGAAAUCAUGGAUCAAAUGUUUACCGCUCUUAUGAAAAUCAUACAUCACCCUUGCCACCACAAUCGCCAACUUAUCAAAACAGAGAAGUUAUUGAAGAAUCUGUAAAGCUAAAUAGUUUGCCUUAUCAAUCAUCUGGUAAAAUGCCAUCAUUGAAUAAUAAUUUAUCUGAGCUCGAUACAUUGCUUCAAGAUUUAAGUAAUGCAAGAUAUAAUUCACAAUUUCAAGAUCGUUCUGGUGAUUUGAGAGGAUCAACAAGUCCAACAAUGAGAUCAGCAAGUAGUUUGUCAACAUCACGACCUACUGUUGAUUAUUUACUUGAAGAAUUGAGUACAGCAGUGCCAAAUGGAGAAUAUACAAAUGAUGGAAGAGUUAAAGUUACAAUACAAGAAACAUCAACUGAAGUUCAGCCAAUUUAUGAAGGUUUUCCAAAUCAUGGUUCACUUAAUAGAAGCUUUACAAAUGGUCAUACUGCAUCAAAUGCAACAAAAGAACUUGAUGAUCUUAUGGCAUCAUUAUCAGAAUUCAAGAUAAACGGUAGUACUCAUCAACAUCAAACAGUUACUGAUUCACCAUAUGCAAAACCAAAUAAAGCAACAAAAAGUAUACCAAGUCCAUUACCUGGUGAAUUAUUAUUAUCAUCAUCACCAUCAAAUACAACAACAUCACAACAACAAUCUAAAAUUCAUAUAACUGAAACACAAACAUCACAUAAUUAUCAACCACAAAAAGGUGAAAGUAGUAAUAUUAUAUUUAAACAAAAUCAAUUGGAUUCUAUGCUUGGUAAUUUACAAGCAGACAUGAGUAGACAAGGUGUUAAUACAACACAAAAAGGUUGUUGUAGUGCAUGUGAAAAACCAAUUGUUGGACAAGUUAUAACAGCACUUGGUAAAACAUGGCAUCCAGAACAUUUUACAUGUACACAUUGUCGUGAAGAACUUGGUACAAGAAAUUUUUUUGAACGUGAAGGACAUCCAUAUUGUGAAACUGAUUAUCAUAAUUUAUUUUCACCAAGAUGUGCUUAUUGUAAUGGACCAAUACUUGAUAAAUGUGUUACUGCAUUGGAAAAAACAUGGCAUACUGAGCAUUUUUUCUGUGCUCAAUGUGGAAAACAAUUUGGUGAAGAAGGCUUUCAUGAACGUGAUGGAAAACCAUAUUGUCGAGAUGAUUAUUUUGAUAUGUUUGCACCAAAAUGUGGUGGAUGUAAUCGUGCUAUUAUGGAAAAUUAUAUAUCUGCAUUAAACAGUCAAUGGCAUCCUGAUUGUUUUGUUUGCAGGGAUUGUCGACAAAAAUUUCAAGGUGGCUCAUUUUUUGAUCACGAAGGUUUGCCUUAUUGUGAGACUCAUUAUCAUGCAAAACGUGGUUCACUUUGUGCUGGAUGUCAUAAGCCAAUAACUGGUCGUUGUAUAACAGCAAUGUUUCGUAAAUUUCAUCCAGAACAUUUUGUUUGUGCUUUUUGCUUGAAACAAUUAAACAAGGGAACAUUCAAAGAACAAAAUGAUAAACCAUACUGUCACGGUUGUUUUGAAAAAUUAUUUGGCUAG